AUGAUCAUUCUUGGGACCGAGGAGCUCAAACAAGCCGAAAGCGCUUUGAAGCAGAGUUUUCCGAGUCCAUCAAGGUGUGGUGAUUCUAGGAAGGUUUAUGGCUGUAUAUUCAACAUAAACAGAGGAAAGCCUCACAAUCUGGAGGUUAUUGCGGACCAGUGGCCAGAUUUCAGUGUCAUUAUUUGCAAACCAAAAGUUCAGGGAGCAAAGGAUCGAGAAGGAGAUUUCAACAUAUACAGCAUCUACUCAAAGAGCAAAGACAGCCUGAAAAACUUUCUGAACACACCUGGUGUGAUCAAUAAACAUGCAUUCGCAUUAUUAGCAGGGGUUGACAUCAGGCAUUUGGAAGCAGUUCAGGAGUUUGCGGAUCAACAUGGACUUCCCUGGAAAGUUCAAGCAGUGAUGAACGUCUUACUGCUGCAGGAUGAACGACAGCUGCAGUUUAAAGAGAGUUAUGCUGGACUCAGAUUGGCUCCACUCAGUGCAGCUCAUGCUCAUCUAGUAAACAGCACGUGGAAGUAUGGCGGAGACGCUAACAGCUACAACUCUGUGCUGAACUACAUUACCCACAAUCCUUCACUGUGCGUGAUAGAGGAGGGCGGCACUGAGCCCGUCUCCUGGCUGCUUGUGUACCAACAUGCUGCUCUUGGUUUGCUCUACACGUUACCACAACACAGACUGAAAGGCUACGCAAAGUUUCUGGUGUCUAUGAUGGCCAAAAAACUCCUGGAGCAAGGACACCCUGUGUACUGUUUUGUAGAAAAGGAAAAUGACUCUUCCUACAAACUUUUCGCAUCACUUGGGUUCCAAGAUUCACCAGAUUACAGGGCUGUGUGGUUUGAGCUGAAUAAACGACAAUAAAUACAAGUAGAAAUCACCUAGAAAAUCACUAUGGUGUUUUUAAUCACCUCUUCAUUAUUUGUAUUUGUAUAUAACUCACUCUCUCUCUAGCCUAUAUUAACCCUUGUGCGGUCUUCAUUUUGGGUUGUGCACUUAUGGUCUUUGGGGUCUCUGGAGACCCCAGGCAACAAAAUGUAAUUUUGUAGCAAAAUAGUUGGGGUUUUUUUUUUAAACCAAUGUAAUUUUACUCUGUUUAUUAAUGUUUGUACUCCACAUUUGUGUAGUUUUUGGAGGAUUUAUGAUAUUCUUUUAAAUUUAUAUAAAUAAAUUAAAAAAUAUUUUUUAUAUAGGUUUUUAUACAAAAAACAGCUUUUUAUGUAAAUUUCACUUAAUAAAAAGACCCACAUUUCUAACUUUCA